CCAUCGCUCGGUCACUCAGUUUUGUAUAUUACUCAUAUGAUUGCUGGAGCCAGGAAGAUUAUAGCUAGUCUGCCGAAUGGUCCCAAAACUAAUCCGACUUGCCGCUGUCACUACCAGCAUUCAAGCAAGGGCCGUUUCCAGAGUAGCCAUACUGUAUAGUACGCAUACAUAACACAUUCAUUAUACAGAAGCAAUACAAGAUUUGCGAUUUCAAGGCGAGUUACCCUAUGCAAGCAGAGGCCGUGCGUUGCCGCAGAGCCAUGUGGGAUAUCUAAUCAAGAAGUAGGAAUGGAGGAGCUGAGGACGCGGCUGCUGCCGUUGGCACAGUGGGCCGCGAAGUUCAAGCGCCAGGAGAACAGAUGCCCGCAGCUGGAGGACGUUCCGCCGAACCUAUCGCACCUGUGGUCCGAGUUCCAGAGAGCCAAGGCGGUACUACCAUCCAAAACUGCAGCACCGGCACGAAGCGCUGCGUCGCCAACCAAACGAGCAGCCUUAGCUAGCAGCUCCCCCGCUCGUCGACCGCUCACCAGCAGCGCAGAUGCCGGCGCGUCCCCGGCGCAGCUGCUGUCCCCCAGCCGGCGAGCUGCGCGACCCAUCGUCGCGAGCGCGCUGCGGCACCUGCAGGCGCGCCGCGAUGCCGCCGCGGCCACCGCCCUGGCCUCCGCAGCGGCGGGCUCGCCCUCGUCCCCUUCACUCAGCGGCUCGCUGCCUGGGCAGCGGUCCGGAGCCGGGGGCAGCCCAGGCGGGGGGAAGGAGAACGAGGGUGCUGCUGCAGCUGCAGUCGGCGGCAAGGGCCAGGACCUCAGUAAGGCGCCUUGCUCAGCGCCCUCGGCUGCCCCGCCGCCGCAGUCGACGCCCCUGCGGGCAAGGGGCGUAGCGGGCGGCCUGCGGAGCCCCUUCGGCCGCGGCCGCGCAGGUCUGGGUCAAGCGCACGGCGGCGGCGGCGGCGAUGGCGAGGAGGACCAGGAGGAGGACCAGGAGGAGGACCAGGCGGAGGAGGAGCAGGAGGAGGAGGAGGUGCCGCCCACGCCGCUGUCCGCGCAGCGACCCCUCAGCGCCGCACGGCCCGGUGCCGGCAUUGCCGGUGCAGGUGCAUGUGCCCGCCUGCUUGCGGCCCCCGGCGGUGCGCUGCGGGGCCCUGCCGCUGGCGCCGCUGGUGCCGCUGGUGUCGCUGGUGCCGCUGCUGGCACUGACGAGAUGGAGGUGGUGGUGGUGGCGGACUCGGUGGUCAAAGCCACGCCGCCAGGCAGUGACCGGGCGGCGGCGGGGCGCAGGCGCGGCCGCAGCAGCCUGGCAGGCCGCCGCAGCGGGGGCAGCAGGCUGGGGCUGGGGCUGGGGCUGGGCGGCGGCGUCAGCGACGGCGAAGGCGCGGAGGAGGGGGAUGACGAGGACGAUGACGAUGACGAGGAUGAGGAAGGCGGUGGUGGAGGGCUCUUUGGUUACGGUCUAUUCACCAGCGGCGGUGGCGGCGGCGGUGGCGGCGGCGGUAGCAAGGCAGGGGCUGGGCUCGGGGGUGUGGCGGCAGUGCGGCCGCCCGCACCCCUGUUUGCGGACCUGUCAGCCGCCGCCUUGCCCGCACCUGCGCCUGCUCCCCGCGGGGCACUCACAGCCGCCACUGCUGCCGCCGCUGCGGCCGCCUCCGGCCCCAGCCGAGUGGCGGCGGCGGCGGCGGCGGCGGCGGCGGCGGCGGGCAGUCCGGGCCGGCGGCUGGCUCGGCAGCUGUCAGCGCCCCGUGGCCCCCGGCACUCCCUGGGCGGGCCCGCUACUGCCGCUGCUGCUGCCGGAGCUCUGGGCGCUACUGCCGCAGCUGCUGCUGCUACUGCCGGCGGUGGUGCUGGCGGGCGGUCCCGUCUGUCCCGCCACUCCAUGGGCGGAGCAGCAGCAGCAGCAGGCGGCUCCGGCCUCGGCCCCAGUGGCAGCAGUCUGCUUGCACCAAGUCUAUCGGCAGGGGGCGCAGCAGCAGCAGCAGCAGCAGCAGCAGCAGCAGGACCAGCAGCAGCAGUAGCAGGGCCACCAUUGCGGAAGGCAGUCGGGGCCGGCGCCGCCGCGGGGGCGGCCGCCACGGCCGCGGCCGCAGUCGCAGCCGCCGCGCGCAACCCCUUCAGCCGAGCCGACAGCCUGCGUGCGGUUGAGGCGCAGCGGCGGCGGGCGGCGGCGGAGGCGGCGGCCGCCGCGGCGGCUGCUGCUGAUGAGGCGGCGGCGGACGCGCGUGUGGCGGGUAUGGUGGCCAAGGCGACGUGCGUGUCUGCUGCGUCGGGUCGGGCGGGGGCGCGGGUGACGGCGGACGCCGCGGCGGCGGCAGCGGCGGCUGCGCGUGGGGGCAGUCGCGGGCAGCUGCCGCAGCAGCCGGCGGCGGCGGGCGCUGCGCAAGCCUUGCCGGCCAACAUGGGAUGGGCGGAGCUGCCGACUGGCAGUGGCGGCGGCGCCGCGGCCGGCCAAGAGGGGGAUGGCGGAGCGGCGGCGUCGCCGUUCAGCCCGAUGGCCAAGGUGCUGCCGCGGCGGCGGCUGCUGGCGGCGGGCGGCGGCGGCGGCGGUGAUGGGGGCGGAGAGGUUGGCCGGGAUGGCGACCAGGCCGCACACGAGGGCGUGGUGGCGUCCUUUGGCGCGCUGCUGGCCGCACACCAGACCCGCGGGCCGGCAAGAGGCGGCGGCGGCGGCGGCAUGGGUGGUGAUGGGGGCGGCGGCGGCGGUGAUGGUGAUGAGGAGAUGGCGGAUGAUGUGGCGAUUCGGCAGGCGGCGGAGGGCUACAACGCACUGGCGGCGGAGGCGGAUGCGGCGCUCAUGCUGCGGCGCGGUGCCGGCGGCGGCGGCGGCGGAGGAGGAGGAGGAGGAGGAGGAGGAGGAGGGGGAGGAGCCGGAGGUGUUGGCGGCGGCGGCGGCGGCGGCGGCGGCUGCAAUGACGCGCAGGCGGAGAUGCGGCGCAUGGUGCUACGGGAGGCGGUGGAGGAGGUGGACAUGGACAAACUAGCGCUGCUGGGACCCGAGGCGGCGGAGGCGGCCGGCGUCACGGCGGGGGGUGUAGCACCGGCAGUAGCAGCGGCAGCAGCAGCAGCAACAGCCGCAGCGGCGCCGAAGGCAGCUAUAGCAGCGGAGGCGACAGAGCAGCUAGAGCCGAAUCGGAGAGCCGCGGCAGGGGCUGCUACAGCCGCAGCGGCUACAGCGCCUGCUGCUACAGCCGCCCCUGCACCCGGCCCUUCGAGGCCCGGUGCUACUGCCGGGUGGGACGUGGCGUUUGAGCUGCUGCCGGCGGCGGUGCGGGAGGAGGUGGCGCGCCGGCGGCAGGAGGAGGCGGCGGCGGCGGCGGCGGCGCUGCAGAUGCCGCCAGGCGCCGCCGCCGCUGGUGCCGCUGGUUCGGAGGCCGCUGCGGUGGCGGCGCCAACCAAGGCUGCGGCUGCUGCGGCUGCUGCUGCUGCGGCUGGUGCGGUGCGGGGCCGCCGGGCGGGCGGGAAGGCGGGCUCAGCCGCUGGCCGGCAUGGGGGUAUGGGUGAUGUGGCAGUGGCAGGUGUGGGUGCGGGUGACGGCUCUGGGGCUGCGGCAGCUCCCCACACCGCGGCGGCGGCGGCGGCGGCGGCAGGGGCCCCUGCACCGCCCGCCACUGGGCCGCAGCCGCCGCCGCCGCCGCCGGCAGCACCAGCCCGGACCCGGCGCGCCCCGGCUCGCCAGCCCAAGCCCAAGCAGCAGCAUGAGCAGGAGCAGGAGCAGCAGGCGGCAGGGGUGGUCGGGGCGGGCGGUGGUCAGAGGGGUGAGGCCAUGGAGGGGGUGGAGGGCGCAGCCGGUGAGGGUGGCGGCGGCGGUGGCGGAGGCGGCGGCCAAGGAGCGGUGGGUGCGGGUGAGGCUCGGGCGGAGGCCCAGGAGGAGGAGGAGGAGGAGGUCGGGGCCCGCCGCAGUUGGCGCCCAGCCGCGGUGGCGGCGGCGGCGCGGCUGCAGCGGCGGCCGUCGGGGCGGAGGGCGGCCGCGGCGGCGGCGGCAGCAGACGGGGAUGGCUAUGGGGAUGAUGGAAUGGAGGAGAGCUCAGAGGAGGAGGAGACGGCUACCAGCGGCGGGGACUCAGACGUGGAUAUGGAUGGCGGCAGCGGCAGUGGCAGCGGCAGUGGCAGUGACAUGAGUGGGGAUGAUGGGGAGGAGGAGGAGGGCGGCGGCGGCAGCAGCGCCGGCAGUAGCGGCAGUAGCAGCAGCAGUGACGAGGAGGAGGAGGAGGACUACAAGCGGCCGCGCGCCAGGGCCGCCGCCGCACAGGCAAGGGCCUCAGCACGCCGGCCCGCCCCCGCUCGCCGCGCUACUGCCGCUGCUUCUGCCGCUGCUACUGCCGCCACUGGCACUGCUACUGCCAACGGCGCCGCAGCGAAUGAAGCCGCCCCGCCCCAGAGGCCGCCGCGGGCGCCGGCCCGGAGGAAGGCGGCCGCCGCCGGUGCUACUGCCGACGGUGCUACUGCCGACGGCGGUGCGACGGCUGCUACUGCCACUGCCGCCACCAGGACGGCACCCGCCAAGCGCACGCGCAAGGCCGCAGCUGCUGGCAUCGGGUUGGGAGGCAGCGGCGGCGGCGGCGGUGGCGGCGGCGGCGGCGGCUUUGGCGGCCGUGGUGGCGGUGGUUGUGGCGGCGGAGGCGGUGGUGGUGGACGAGGCUUUGCUUCAGGGGGCGGCAGCGGCGGCGGCGGCGGUGGUGGCGGCGGCGCCUUUGGUAUGGACCUGCUCGGCCUCCCCACCGCUGGUGCCGGCAUGGCCGCCGCCGCAGCCGCCUCUGCCGCAGCCGCAGCUGCCACGGGCACCGGCUCGGCCGGCACCGCCGCUGCACCCGCCGCCGCCGCCGCCGCCGCCCCCGCCGCCGCCAAGCCAGUGCGCGAGGCGCGCCGCACCAUCCGUGACGCCGGCAACUUUGUCAAGAUGGCGUCCAGUGGCUCGCGGCCCAAGCACAGCUUCGGGUUCGCGGGGCGCAGUGCGGCCAGCGGGAGGGCGCUCAAGACGCGCAAGCGGCGCAUCAUCAACGGCAAGGUGUUCAUCACGGGCGGCCGUGCCCCCGGGGCGGCGGGGCAGGGGGCGGACUUCCUGGAGGGGUUCGGGGGAGGCAGCCGCUGCUUCAAGUGCGGCGGCACGGGCCACUGGGCUCGCGACUGCCCCGGCACCGCGGGACUGGGCUCGCCCUCAAAAAGGGCGGGAGCGGCGGCGGCAGGGGCGGGAGGGGCGGCGGGAGGGGCAGCAGCAGCAGCAGCGGGCGGCAAGGCGGCGACGGCGGGGACGGGGCAGGAGGCGGGAGCCUCCGCCGCCGCCACCGCCGCAGGCGCGGCCGCCACCGCGGGUGCCGCAGGCGCAGCUGGCGGUGGUGGCGGUGGUGGUGGUGGUGCGGGGGGUCGUGUGGGUGAGGGGUUUGGCGGCGGCGGCAUGUACGUGAUGCGGCAGGGCAGGCACGCGCCAGCACACCUGGCGGCGCUGGCGGCGGCGCACCCGCAGGAGCCGCUGGACUGGCACGCGCUCCUGCCCGACCUCAUUCCCGCACCCGAGGCACCCGAGGCGGUGGAGGGCCCCGGGGCAGCAGAGGGCGGCGGUGAAGGAGCCAGCGGCAGUGGCGGCGGCGGCGCCAAUGACGGUGGCGGCACCAGCGGCGGAGGUGGCGGCGCCCCCAGUGGGGACCCGGCCAGCAGGGCAACCAGGGCAGCGGCGCAGCGGCCGCCUGCUGGCCCCCCGCCUGGGAAGAAGGCGGGCGCCGCGGCCGAUGGCAGCGGGGAGACGGCGGCUGCGGCGGCUGCGGCUGCGGCUGCGGAUGUGGGUGCGGGUGAGGCCGACUUAAGCGAGGUCGCCGCCGCCGCCGAUAGGGAGAUGGUGGAGGUGGAGGUGGAGGAGGAGGCGGCGGCGGCACAGCCGAAUGUUGGCGGGGAGGAGGCGGAGGCCGCGUUGGCCGCGCCUGCGGAGGCGGAGGCGGAGGGGUCUGGAGGGGCAGCGGCAAUGCAAGUGGAUGCGGCGCCAGGGGUGGCGGAGGCAGGGGUGGUGGAGGUGGCGAUGGAGGUGGCGAUGGAGGUGGAGGUGGCGGAGGGGGGCACGCUGCGUCCGCCGCCGCCGCCGCCGCCACAGGAUGUGGAGGGCGAGGGCGAGGGGGCACAGGAGGCCGGGGCAGCUGAGGUGGCCCCCGCUGCCCCUACCGCACAGCCACCCCAAACCCAACAACCCCAGCCGCCCCAAGCCCAGCCGCCGCCCCAACCCCAGCCGACACCCCCCCAGCCGCCGCCGCCGCCCCCCCAGCAGGUCACGCAGCUCACGCACGAGGCGGCGGCGGCUCUGAGCGAUGAGGCGCUGGCGGGGGUGGUGACGGCGGUGUGGGGGCACGCGGGGUUCCGGGGGCGGCAGCUGGAGGUGGUGCGGGCGGUGCUGGGGGGGAGGGGCAUGCUGGCGGUGCUGCCCACGGGCGCGGGCAAGUCGCUGACGUACCAAUUGCCAGCCAUACUGAUGCCGGGCAUCACGCUGGUUGUGUCGCCGCUGCUGGCGCUCAUGGAUGACCAGCUCACACACCUGCCGCCGCUGCUGAGGGGCAGGGGCGCGUGCCUUAGCGGGCAGCAGAGCAGGCAGCAGGUGGAGUCUGCGCUGGCUGCUGCGGGCCGCGGGGCUGUGAAGCUGCUGUACGUGGCGCCCGAGAAGCUGCUCACGCCCUGGCUGCUGGCGGCCAUACGCGGGCUCACCAUCAGCCUGAUUGCUGUGGACGAGGCGCACUGUGUGGCGGAGUGGGGUCACUCCUUCCGGCCUGCAUACCUGCGGCUGGGCUACGUGCUGCGUCACGUGCUGCGUCCGCGCUGUGUGCUGGGCCUGACAGCUACCGCCACCGCCGCCACAGCAGCAGAGGUGGCGGCGGUGCUGGGGCUUGGGGCGGCGGCGGCAGGAGCGGCGGGAGGAGGAGGAGCAGGAGGGGGAGGGGUGGCGGCGGCGGUGCCUACAGCCGGUGCUGCUGCUACUGCUGCUGCGGCUGCUGCUACUGCCGGCGCCCCCACUGCUACUGCCGGCGCCCCCUCGCCUCCUCCGCCUCCGCCCCUGGCGCCCUACCUGAUCAAGGAGCCGCCGCUGCGGACCAACCUGCGGCUCAAGGUGGUGCACGUGCCCCCCGGCUCGGGCGAGUCGGGUCGCUCGCGGCAGCUGCUGCUGAGCCUGCUGCGCGCCCCCGCGCCCGGGCUGGGCGGCUGCGGCAGUGUGCUUGUGUAUGUGUCCAUGCAGUGGCAGGCGGACGAGCUGGACUACCUGCGCUUCCGCUCGCUGGCCUUCUCCAACUCCGCCGAGCUGUCCGCCGUGGAGGCCUUCCUGGCCAAGGUGUUCAGCCCCCGGCCCCUGCUAGGCAGUAGCAGCAGCAGCAGCAGCAGUAGCAAUGGCAGUAGCAGCACGUCCUCCUCCUCCUCUUUCGGGGUGCUACAGCUCAGCUCGCUGGCCGAGUCGCACGACCUACCCGAGGAGGCGGCGGAGAGCCUCAUGAGCUACCUGCAGCAGGGGCCCGGCGAGGUGGCGGCGGCUGUAGCAGGUGCAGGAGGCGGGGCGGCUGUAGCAGGAGCAGGUGGUGGUGGUGGCGGCUACAGCGGCGGCGGCUACGUGUCUGUGCUGCCCAGCUGCAGCGCUCGUGUGCACGUGUACUUCCACCGCUGCCAGCCCGCGGUGCUGGCGCGCAGCUGGCCGGUGGUUGCGGCGCUGCUGGCCACAAAGCCGAGGGUGCACAGGGGCUGCUACAAGUUGGACAUGGCGGCCCUGGUGGCGGCGGCGCCGGGCGGCGGCAUGAGCAGCUCUCAGGCUCUGCGGCAGUUGGCGCAGCUGGCGGGAUUGGGCCAGAUCCACUUCGAGCCGCAGCCGGGGGCCAAGAACAGGUGCCUGGCCUGGCAACUGCUGCGGCCGCCGCCACCCGACUCCGCGGGCGGCCUGAGCGCCCUGGCGGCGGCGCUGCACUCCCGGCUGUGCGCGCAGACGGCGGCGGCGGCGGCGCGGCUGGACCUGGUGUGGGGGCUCAUGGCGGGAGCCUGGGAGGCGGGAGGCCCCAGUGAUGCCGGCCAGGAGUCCUUCCUGCGCCCGCGUGUCACCGCCUACUUCGACGACCCCCACUUCCACCUGCUGCCAGGAGGAGGAGGAGGGGGAGGAGGAGCAGGAGAUGGAGGAGGAGGAGGGGGAGGAGGGGGAGGAGCGCCCGGGGGAGGAGCGGGAGCGGGAGCAGGGGCGGCGCUGCUGCCUGCCGUGCCGCCGCCUCCCGCCGCCCCCGCCGGCUGUCCGCCGCUGCCGCUGUCGGGCCGCAGUGAGCGUGUGAAGCUGGAGGUGGAGGCGGCACUGACAGCCAACAGGGCUAGGCUGAGCUGCGCGUCCGCCCCGCCGCUGACGCCCACGGCUGUGGCCCGCCUGCUUCACGGCCUGGCUGGACCCGCCUUCCCCGCAGACGCCUGGCGCAAAGCGCCGGGCUGGGGCAGCCUCAAGACGCACGACUGGGCCUACGUGCGGGCGGUGGCGGCGCACGUGCUGGCCAGCCGGCAGGCGCGGGAGGCGGCGCGGGAGCGGGAGGCGCGCAAGAGGGCGCGGGAGGCAGACGGGGAGGAGGGCGGCGAGGGCGAGGGCGAGGGGGCGGAGGAGGGGGCGGGGCAGCAGCAGCAGCAGCCGCCACUGGGUGGGGCGUUGGGGCUGGGGGCGGGGCGGGCGGCUCAGCGGCCGCGGGUGGCGCGGGCGGCUGCGGAGGUGCUGGAGGCGGCGGAUGUGUACGUGCUGUGAGUGUGUGUGAGAGGCUGGAGCAGGAGGAGGCGGGGCGAGGCGGGGGGCAUCUUGGGGGCAUGUGGGAAUGGAUUCCUCGCCGUGUUUGCUUCGCUGAGUCAUGGCGCUCCCUGCAGCAAAUCGUGCGUAUCAUACGAGGACUCAGACACACACAUGCGUGAGGCUGUCCGAGUUUGCGACUGCUGGGCGGUGCCGUACUGCUGUAAACAGCUGUUCCA